GCUUUUCAUUCACGGAUUCCCGGAGUUCUGGUACUCGUGGAGGCAUCAGAUGAAAGAGUUCGCCAAAGACUAUCACGUGAUCGCAGUGGACAACAGGGGAUAUGGAGACACAGACAAACCUACCGGCACUCAGAACUACACGAUCGACCAGAUAGUGGAGGACACGCGACAACUGGUGGAGGCGCUCAACAAAAGGGACAUUAUUCUGGUGGCCCACGACUGGGGAGGUAUAGUCGGGUGGGGAAUGGCGGCCAAGUAUCCCGAGUUGGUCCAGAAGCUGGUGAUCAUCAAUAGCCCACACCCGGGGAUGUUUAGACGGAAAAGUUGGAAACAGUUCCUCUACUCGUGGUAUAUGUUGUUCUUCAGUCUACCGGUGCUGCCGGAGUUUGCGCUGAAAAGUAACGACUACUUCGCGUUUGACUACUCGUUCAUCAAUGGGAACGGGAGGCCACUGUUGCCGGACGACCAGUUGGAGGCAUAUAAGUAUACUUUCCAUAAGAAUGGGUUCACCGCGCCAUUGAAUUGGUACCGGGCCAGUAUCAAACGGUACCCACCUAAAAACCCACUCCCAAAAAAUAUGCAAAUUAAAGUGCCCACGCUCAUUGUUUGGGGUAAGAAAGACAAAUACCUGACCUCACAGUUAGCCGAAGCUCAUGAGCACGUGGAUGACCUGACACUGCAUUACAUCGAGAACUGUUCCCAUUGGACACAAAUGGAUCAGCCGGAUCUGGUCAACAAAUAUAUGAGACAGUUCUUGGUUAAGAAAUAGUUAUGAUAUUAAGUUUACUAAUACUCUAUUAUGCUCUACAAAUA